CAAUUCUCCUGCUGUUCCCUGCAAGUGACGUCACUGCAAGCACGCCCAGAAGUGGAAAGUGGCUGUAUAUAACGCCGGAGUUGAAGCUGAGGCAACACACUUCACGCCUCCCAACAUGCUCAGGUUUGCUGUGAUUGCUGUUGCUCUUGCGGUGGUCACCGCCCGUCCCUCCGAUCCCUACAGGCGCCCACUUCCCACGUACGGGGACGCCCCAGCCGAGUAUCAGUUUAGCUAUGAAGUGAAGGACGACUACUCCAAGAACGACUACGGGCACUCGGAGGACCGCAGCGGCUACAACACCAGGGGACAAUACCAGGUGCUGUUGCCAGACGGCCGCUUCCAGACCGUGGAAUACACCGUCAGCAACGACAGCGGCUUCAUGGCGAACGUUGAAGCCAAGGGCGUCGUCCAGCCGCAUUACGGAUAGCGGACGCUUUCUGCUCACUUGUUGAAUAUUCCACGAAUUAAAUACAGAUUUCAAUAAAAAUAUAUAAAUGCCCAUUUA